AGUCGACCCGACUGUGAGCGUCCGAGUCGGAACGUCCAGUUCCAUGUAUAAAUACAACAUAUCCCUUUACCAAUCCCGCCUUGCGGUGUUUUUGGGCUUCAAAAAAACCUUCCGCUGCAACAGCUCUCUGGCGCCUGAGAAACACAUCCCUGAUACGAUUUAGGUGAAAUUCGCGAUGCUUCUCCGGUGCAUGUCCUCCUCAUGGUGCAGCGGCCGGAGUUGUCAUGACCCCGCACUCUGUUCCAAUUCCCAUGCUCCGGCUUUCGUUAGACGAAAAUGUGAGUUGGGGUUUUCCGCUGCACCUGUUGGAAGAAAGGGCGGUGACAGAAUAUCAUCAUUCCGGCAGAAAAAUCACAUUUUUUGCUCUUCUGGACCAUCUGAUGGCUGUGAUGACAGAAUGGAUGGUGUAUCAAUCCAUGGACUGUCUGAGAAAGUUGUGGGUGUCUUGGGAGGAGGACAACUGGGUCGUAUGCUUUGUCAGGCAGCUUCACAGAUGGCCAUCAAAAUCACGAUCUUGGAUCCCCUUGAAAACUGCCCAGCAAGUGCACUAUCAUUUCACCACAUGGUUGGAAGCUUUGAUGACAGUGAUAUGGUUCAGGAAUUUGCAAAGAGAUGUGGAGUAUUGACUGUUGAAAUUGAGCAUGUUGAUGUCGCCACACUGGAGAAACUCGAGCGGCAAGGAAUAGAUUGUCAACCCAACGCUUCUACAAUUCGGAUAAUCCAAGACAAAUAUCUUCAGAAGGUUCACUUUUCCAAGCAUGCAAUUCCAAUUCCAGAUUUUAUGGAGAUAAAUAAUCUUGAAAGUGCAUUAAAGGCAGGGGAUUUGUUUGGUUAUCCCCUGAUGAUAAAAAGCAAAAGGCUAGCUUAUGAUGGGCGUGGGAAUGCUGUUGCUCACAAGGAGGAGGAGCUUUCUUCUGCCGUUUCUGUGCUAGGAGGAUACAAGCGAGGCUUAUACGUUGAAAGGUGGGCACCAUUUGUGAAGGAGCUGGCGGUCAUUGUGGCUAGGGGAAGAGACGGGUCGACGUCAUGCUAUCCUGUGGUUGAGACUAUUCACAAGGAUAACAUUUGUCAUAUAGUUGAAGCACCUGCUAAUGUGCCUGGAAAAACAAGGAAGCUUGCCAUUGAUGUUGCAGAAAAAGCUGUUAGAUCUUUAGAAGGUGCUGGUGUCUUUGCAGUUGAACUAUUUUUAACGGGGGAUGGUCAGAUUUUGCUAAACGAAGUGGCACCCAGACCUCACAAUAGUGGGCAUCACACCAUUGAGUCCUGCUAUACCUCACAAUUCGAGCAGCACUUGCGAGCCGUUACCGGUCUUCCACUUGGUGAUCCAUCGAUGAAAACUCCUGCGGCAAUUAUGUACAAUUUACUGGGUGAAGAGGAGGGGGAGCUGGGGUUCUAUUUAGCUCAUCAACUGAUGGCGAGGGCUUUGAGUACUCCCGGUGCCACUGUUCAUUGGUAUGAUAAACCAGAAAUGCGAAAGCAACGAAAGAUGGGUCACAUCACAAUUGUAGGUCCUUCUAUGAGCGUAGUGAAAGCACGCCUGGCCUCUAUGCUGAGUACAGAAAGUUCAGGAGGUCAUCCUGCAGGCACAGUUGCCCCACGUGUUUCCAUUAUAAUGGGUUCUGAUUCGGAUCUUCGAGUCAUGAAGAAUGCAGCAGAGGUUUUGAAGACCUUUGAUGUGCCUUUUGAGGUAUCAAUAGUUUCAGCACAUCGGACACCAGAAAGAAUGUUUUCUUUUGCUUCAUCUGCUCAGGCACGGGGGGUUCAAGUUAUCAUUGCUGGUGCCGGUGGUGCAGCCCACCUGCCAGGUAUGGUAGCUUCUUUGACUUCCUUACCUGUUAUUGGUGUGCCGGUUAAAGGUUCAUCAUUAGAUGGAGUUGACUCGCUCUUAUCAAUCCUACAGAUGCCAAAAGGGGUUCCAGUUGCAACUGUUGCAAUAGAGAAUGCUACAAAUGCAGCUUUACUGGCAGUUAAAAUUUUAGCGAUAUGGGAUGUUGAUUUAAAGGAAAGAGUGAUUGAAUACCAUGAAGACAUGAAGGACACGGUAUUGAGAAAGGCAGACCGACUAGAGAGAGAAGCUUGGGAAGGAUAUUCAAACUCUUGAUGGAUCACAUGCUUUCCAGGAAGUACACGAGUGCAACGUACCUCAGAAGGUGCAGGUCAGCAUUCAUAUUGCGAUGGCAGCAAUUGAUGUCGCGCAGGCACUGAAUCUGUUUAAAGAAUUUUUAGUAUUGUACGGCCGUAGAAACUGACUCAUUCGAAGAGUAACAAUGUUGAGUUUUUGUUAUUUAUUUAUUUAUUUAAACUUAAAGAGGGCAUUUUGGCUGGGAAUAGAAUCUUCAUGAGUGAGGGUUUCAGAUCCUUGGUUUUUUGAUAGGAUGGGAGGUGGCUAUGCUUAUGGGAUUUGUUUUUAAGUAUAAUAGAAGUUUUGGAAUGUAAUGAUAUUAGUUUCAACUUUUAGUUGAAAUGACAGCCUGACACACCUGCGGGAGAGUUCAGUAAUGUUUUUUGAGAAAUUAGGCACAACCUAAGUGGUGGCGAGAUUUUUCAUUGUGCU